AUGCAGCCUCCCUCGCCUCCUCCACACUCGCGACGACUGUCGACACCUCCUCCUCCCGCUCUCCCGCCCAAGAUAGCGCCGCCGCCUCCGCCAGCACCGCCAGCGAGCCAUGUCGCAAUUCCGGUCACGCCAACUCGCUCAGCAACGCACGCUGUCCCCGUUCCUACCCCUCCAACUCCAUCAACCUCGACUUCGAGACACCGCACGAACCCCUCUUUCUCCGGACCCCCUCAAGCGCAAAGUCGGAGCACGAGUAUCGACUUGACGCCGAGUCGGACGUAUGCGCUUGCUGGGACGGGCGAUGGAGGGGAGUACGAAGCGUACGAGAUGGGUGCCGUUUACGGUGCACGAGGCGCGAGGGAGCGAGAUCUGCCAAACUUGCCGUCGAGCGACGACGAGGAGGCAGAAGGGCUGCUUGGAAGGACCGGAGGAGGGCGUGGACAGAGGGGAUGGUUCGUGAACGGGAAGAAGAGCAAGAGGCGACGACGGAAGGUGUCGCCGAUGUGGAUUUGCGGAGGAGCCACAGCGCUCGUCUUGCUCGGCGCAGCGGGAUGGUGGCUCUUUGCGCCGCUCGAGAGGCCGUCGCUCGCAGACAAGGCUACGGAAGUCGGCAAAGCGCCCGUCAUCCUCCACAAUACUCCUUCCUCUGCGACUUCCCCUCUUCCCGCUCCGUCAGUUGUCGAUUCGAGCGAAUGGGAGGGUGGCCUAGCUCCUGGGAGUAGCGGGAGCGAGACAGCGCAGUGGCAGACGGGAGGAGAUGGCGACACGGUCCUGAUGUCGAACGGGUCUUCCUUUGUCUACCGGAACGCGCUAGGCGGCACCUUCACCUCCGACCCGUUCUCGCUCAACGCGCGCCCGCAACGACACGCCAAGUCGCUUGCAGAGCAGUGGGACUGGCAGUACGACCGAAUGCACGGCGUCAAUCUCGGCGGCUGGCUCACGCCUGAACCGUUCAUCACGCCCGCCCUUUUCGAGCCCUUCCUGAACGCAACCUACCCGGCUGAAGACGAAUGGACGCUAUCGGAGGCGCUGAUACGAGAAGGAGGCGAGGCGAGGCUUGAAGAGGUGUUGAGGCGGCACUACGAUACGUUCAUCACCGAGAUCGAUUUCGCAGAGAUCGCUUCGGCGGGGCUGAACUGGGUCAGGCUGCCGGUGCCGUACUGGGCCAUCAAGAAGUGGGAGGGCGAGCCGUUCUUGGAGAAGGUCGCUUGGGAAUACGUCCUCAAGGCGGUCGAGUGGGCGAGGAAGUACGGCCUGCGGAUCAACUUCGACCUGCACUCCGUGCCGGGGUCGCAGAACGGCUGGAACCACUCCGGCCGACUCGGUCCCAUCGGCUUCCUCCAUUCGCCCUCCGGCAUCUCCAACGCCCAGCGCGCGCUCGACCUCAUCGCCACGAUCGCCGAAUGGAGCUCGCGAGACGGCGUCAAGGAGGUUGUGGGGAUGUUGAGUAUCGUCAACGAGCCGAUGUUGCAGGUGAUCGGCGAAGGCGCGUUGAGGGGCUUCUACCUCCAAGCCUACGAGACGAUCCGCAACAUCACCGGCUACGGUUCUGGUCCUUUCCUCGCGUUCCACGACGGCUUCAAAGGUACUCGGCGUUGGUACCACUUCCUCGAAACGCCGUCGCCCGAAACCGUCGCCGCGGAGACGCCAACUACGUCAGGCGACUUUGUUGGCAUCAGCGGGAUGGACCGCGUCGGGCUCGACUCGCAUCGCUACCUCGCUUUCGCCGAGCCGGACUUGCGGAGCGUGCGGGAGCAGGUCAUGAAGCCGUGCUUGAAGUGGGCGCCCGAGUUCAACAAGACCAUGGCGUACUUCGGCAUCGCCAUCUCGGGCGAGUUUGCGCUUGCCGUGAACGAUUGCGGACGCUUCCUCAACAACGUCUUCCAGGGCUCGAGGCUCGAAGGAACGUUCCCGAACGCUAGCGCGCCGAUGUACCCGCCGAGUGUGCCGAUUGGGACGUGCGAGCGGUGGGAGGACUACUCGACCUGGACGGACGACUUCAAAGCGUCUCUCCGAGACCUCGCGCUCGCUCAAAUGGACACCUUCCAGAACUGGUUCUACUGGACCUGGAAGACGCUUCCCUCGACGACCCACCUUCCGCACCUCCCGGCAAACCCGCUCUGGUCCUAUUCGCUCGGGCUCCAGGAGGGCUGGAUUCCGACCGAUCCGCGCGAGGCUCAGGGCUUCUGCUUCGCCUACGAGGAGCAGCAUCCGUCGACGACCGGCGAGGCCGUCAAGAAGCGUCCGAUCCCUGGUCCGACGGACGGCUGGAAGGUCGGCAAGCCGGCUGAGGGCGAGACGGGGAUGUCAUACGGUCGCAUCGAGCGCGGCUUAGCGGCUGACAUGCAUCGGGCUGCUUGGCCGCCGCUCGAGUUCGACCUUCCUUCCGCCGACUUCAACGGCGGCGGCCUCGACGUCUCCACCCUCCCGGUCUACACUCGACCUCCGCCGAGCGUUGGCUCGACGCUCGCCUUGCCCGGGCCGGUGGGAUCGAAGAAGGUGGACGUAGCGAAGGCGUUGGCGGACGGAAGGUUGCGGUCGUGGGUCAAGCCGAUUGAAGGCUGCGAGUAUCCCGACACGUGGGCGAGGGACGAGGUGUCGGCUGACGGAGGUGAGCUUUGGAGGGUCGGGAUGGCGCGGCCGCAGUGCAGCGUUGGCGGAGUUGGCGUCGCAUAG